CGAACUUCUUCACCUCUUUCUUGCAACAAUUACUUGCGCAGGUUUCACCGCUAAUAAUUUUCGGGUUUUAUUCAUCGGUGUUUCUUAGUCUACGCACUAUCACAGUGCAACCAUUGCUAAUAUCACAAUAUUGCAACUACAUCUGAUAUUAGAGAUAGAGCAUCACAUUAUAUCAUAAAACACACAGCACAUAAUUAUCUAUCAUUUCAAUUUAUUCAGGAGUCAUAAAAAUUCUUGAUCAAAAUAAAAAUCAAAUAAUCAAAUAUACAACAAUUUCAAGUCCUUCAUGCCGAGUAUAGGAGAGAACACGGCGAAAAUGUCGGUGGACGAGCAAGGUUUGGCGAUCCAAGAUCUCGCCAAGUUGGACGUGACGAAACUUACCCCUCUUUCCCGUGAGGUGAUUGCAAGGCAGGCAACAAUCAACGUUGGAACCAUCGGACAUGUGGCGCAUGGUGAGCUAUCUACUUGGGAUAGAGUUGUGCUGGACCUUGUUCACUCAUUCUAGAAUACUUAAUUUGAAGAUGAUCUGAUGUGGUCUCUUUCUGUAUGGACUAGAAUAAUAUUUGAAAAUCUUCUGUGGUCUCUUUCUGUAUGGAACAAAACUAUGCUGGUUCUUGUUCUCAAAAGGACCUAAUAUACUUUUAUUCCGAAACAACAUGGUCAUGAACGUUUUCUUCCUAGGUAUUAAAGGGGAAACCCUUCUAAAAAGUCUAACAGCAAAGUUCCUCUCCCAAGCAAAAUUCCUCUCCCCUCCCCAUCCCUAAAAAAGGUAAGGCCACUUUCGUGAAGGCCUUUUUUAAGGUAAGUCCACUGUCUACCCCAACUACUCAAACUUUUCUACUCCUCCAAGGUAAGUCCACUGUCGUGAAAGUGCUUACUCCCCAUCCCUAAAAAGGUAAGUCCACUGUCGUGAAAGCCCUCACUGGCGUAAGCACGAUUCGGUACAAGAGCGAGAAAGAGCGAAAUAUCACUAUCAAACUCGGAUACGCGAACGCGAAGAUAUACAAGACCGAGGACGUUGAAGAUCCGUGCUACCAGUACACUUCUAUGGGCAGUUCCCAACCGGAUGAGUGGAAGGGAAACCUCAAGGUUGCAGGUGAAGCCGAAGAAAGAGAGGUCCUCUGGAAGGUCCAGCGACAUGUCUCAUUUGUGGAUUGCCCAGGCCACGAUAUUUUGAUGGCAACGAUGUUGAACGGAGCCGCAGUUAUGGAUGCAGCACUCCUGCUCGUGAGCAGCAAUGAGGUAGAAACACAACAAAUAUGUGUGGAUUAAGUAAAGACUACUCACUUGAUCAUUUUUGAGUACUUACUUGAAGAUGUUGAUCUUUACAAAGAGGAGUUACUUUCUUGUAGACUAACAGUACAUGAUAUAACAUUUUCAUCAAGUUCAGGAAUAUAGGAGGUGCUCAAUCGAAAACAAAACCCCACAACAAACACAGCCUUGCCCACAACCGCAAACAUUGGAACACUUAGCCGCUGUCGAAAUCAUGAAAUUGAAGCAUCUCAUGAUUCUUCAGGUAAUAAAUGGAUUUAGAUUUACUACUGUUUUACUGUGAAGAAGAUUAGAUAGUUCUUGAUGCAUUUGGUCGUUCUCGUUAAUUCAGUGUGACCGUACUAGGAUUGAAACUACGAAAAGUCAAGUUUACUAGAAUUGAAACUAAGAGCAGUCACAAAAUCAAAUUUGAAUCCCCUUCCUUACUUCUCACAGAACAAAGUGGAGUUGAUCAAAGACGAAGCGGCAAAAGCACAACACAAAGAUAUUAAGAAAUUUGUCGAGGGAACCAUUGCAGAGGACGCCCCAAUUAUUCCGAUAUCAGCGGUAAAAAAUCAGCGGUCUUUUUGAUUUGCGCAAAACUUCCAUUUACUUAUAUGUACCUUCAAGAACUAGGUAAAAACUGUACAGUACCUCAAGCAAACUCAACUUAGUCUCAACAUCUUGUAUGUCCCACUUUCAUAUCUUACUCCCCCUCCAGAAGUAUUACUUCUGAGAAACUAAUACCACAAUCUCAACCCCCAUCACUCUAUUCUCGCCUUCACCACCAGGUCCUGAAGUACAACAUGGAUAUCGUUGCCCAAUAUCUGUGCACUCAAAUUCCGAUCCCUCCCAGAGACUUCCAGUCUGUGCCUUCCAUGAUCGUUAUCCGAUCAUUCGACGUCAACAAGCCAGGUGAGGAAAUUGAGAAGCUAAAGGGUGGCGUUGCUGGCGGAUCUAUCUUGAAGUUAUGUCAUUGGUUGCUUGUGCUGUUAGUUGUGGAAAUUUGUUGAAUUCUUGCUGACAGAUAGGAGGACUUGUCAGCUGUAUAUAGAAAGAACGUGCACCUGUAGGAGAGAAUUGAUUUCAAAAAUCCUAUAUCUGUUUUGUCCUUGAAAAUCCUCAUCCAAUAGCUUGCUCUUCCUUAUCGGCCCAAGGAACCCAAUGUUUAUCCACUCCAAAGAACCCAAUGCCUAUUCACCCUCCUCACUGUCUAAUCCCUGGCGUCCUGAAGAUGGGGCAAGAAAUCGAGUUCCGACCAGGUGUGAUUACCAAGACUGCGGAGGGACCCAAGUGCAAGCCUCUGAGGAGUAUAGUCUGCCAAUUGAAGAGCGAAAACAACGAACUGCAGUAUGCUGUGCCAGGAGGGCUCAUCGCUGUGGGAACUAAGCUCGAUCCUACACUCAGUAGAGCAGAUCACCUCGUUGGAAACGUACUCUGCUAAGGCUUAGACUUGAAUGGUGUGGAUAGCAAUAUUGAUGAUUUAGAAGAGUUACUCUUACUUGAAUAGUGAUGAUCAUGGUUAACCUUUUGUUUUUUCUCACUACAAUGAAUGUUAGAGCAGAUCACGACAUUUUCCGUAAAAUGACAAAUAUUUUCAACCUCAAAUCCCCCAAUCCCACAGAUCCUCGGAGUUCCAGGCUCUAUGCCGCAGAUCUUUACGGAGAUAGAAAUCAAGUAUUAUCUCCUCAAGCGACUUUUGGGACUCAAGGUGAAGGAGGGCGAAAGCAAUAAAGUCAAGGUAAUAUUAGAUUGAAGCUAAUGCUGUUAUAAAUACUUGUUCGUCUUGUUGGAACGAUUUUUUUGUGAAAUACGAUCGAUGAUGUAGUUUCUUGUUUUUCUAUUCCUUCAGAAAACACGAGUCAUGCUCACUCAAUCAAAAAAUGAUCGAAACAUCGAAGCAAGUAGCUACUCUCCUCCCCUACCGUCGUUUCUACAGAAAUUGUCAACCGGUGAAUUGUUGAUGGUCAACGUGGGAAGCACGGCUGUUGGCGGUCGCAUUGCUGGUGUGAAAGAUAGCAAGGAAAGCGACAGCAAGGAUACUAAAGCAAAGAUUGAACUGACAAACCCAGUGUGCGCACAGCCAGGCGAUAAAGUUGCCUUGUCGAGAAAAAUCGAAAAGCACUGGCGACUGGUCGGAUGGGGUCAGAUCUUGAAGGGAGCUACCGUGAAAGUGGAGUAAACCAGAGUAGACGAUGCUCUUACUUUUUUUGACCCACUUAUGUAAGUGUAAAAGCCUAUUCGGAAUUUCCGAAAUAGGUGCUUAUGUUUCACUCUGUUUUUAGGUCUAUCUCACUCCCAUUUUAUAAGCAAUACAUCCUGUAGUUGGUCACCACAUAACAGCAUAGGUGAUGAGUUGUACGUCUGGUGGCUGCGACUUGUCUCGGAUCAAAAAAGGGGGUCCUACAAGCCAUGCGAUCUGCCCUUGCGCCUCAUACCUACUUGAAACACAAUGGAUGUCUAUGUCAUCGAAAUGCAGCGAAAACGGUCACUAGCUUUUUUUCACUGGUUGCAAGAUAAGAAAAUGAUCUCAGAAGUCAGCGAAUCUUCUAAGAAACACUGAAUCCUUGAACCCGCACUCGCGCGAUGAUCAAACGAAAGAUAGGAAAGGAAUACUACACUUGCAAACUUCAUUAGAGAUUUUUUAGCUUUCAUCCGCCUGAUUACUUAUACUUGAAAAUGCUGAUUACUUUUACUCUUGAACAAGACGAAUGCGCAAACCUCCACUGACAACGAAUGAUCUGAGAACUAACGAUGUCGCAUUCCCUGCUCUCAUGCAAGAAAACGCAUAAUAAAAACUCAAAU